CGGUUUCCAUCUCUAUAGUUUCUAAAAUCGAAUACCAAUUUUGUAAUUUUCUGCUUAACCAAGGGCAAAAACUGAAAGAGGCUUUCUUCCCCAGCGGCGUAGCCUCCGGCCAAAACCUCUCGACUCAAAACCCUAGCCCUCCAAUUCUCCAGUCUUCUCUCGAAAAACCCUAAAUUCUCCCCACCCCAUUCAAAAACCCUAAAUUAUCCCGACCCAAUUCAAAAACCCUAAUUCCCCAAUUCCACAAACCCUAAUUCUCCAAAACUGAGAAACCCUAUUUCUCCCCCAAAAUACUAAAUCUCAAACAUCCACUUCUCUCAGAAACCUAAUUGUCCAAAACGCAUGUAUCAGAAACCAUAAUCUUCAAAAGCCAUCUCUCCGAAACUCAAAACCCUUGAAACCCUUGAAACCCUAAUCUCAAAUCUCUUUCGAUACUCAAUUCGUCGAUCUUUGCUUGAAAAAUUCAAUUCUCAAAUCGAUGCAGAAACCCAAAAAAAUCUCUCCUUUCUCCAAAACUCCACAGCCCAAAUCCUAAUUCCUCGUCCGCUUCGGAUUCUGCAAUUCAAAGAUCAAUCAAAACCCUAGAAACGAACAAUCAAUGGAAGGCCAUUCGGCCCAUUCGACGGCCCCUGUCCGCUCUCGGAGCUCCCAUUCUCCGUCUCCUUCCCACUCCGCCUCCGCCUCCGUCUGCAGCUCCGCUCACAAGCGCAAGCUCGCCUCCGACGACCACCACCCCCCAUCAGCUGCUUUCCCCCCCUUCUCCUUCUCCGACACCCGUGACGGGGCCCUCACCUCCAACGACGACCUUGACAGCAUCAGCGCCCGCGGCGCUGAUGAUUCCGACUCCGAGUCCGAUCCCUCUGAGGAUGUCAUCGGCGACGAGGACGAUGACGACGAAGACGACUCUAUGCGGGCCUUCACGGCUGCCCGGCUGGAAAACAACAUGGGGUCAAGGAACGUGAAGCCGCCCAAGUCAGAAAAUUCGUCGGCAGCAAAAAUUGAUAGCUCAGGCCUGUCGGAGAUUGGAAAGGAGGAACGGGGCCCCACUCAGUCGGUGGGGUCAGGGCAGGCGGGGACAGCGGUUGUGGGUUCAAUUUCAGGGAUUGUGGUGAAGGAGGACACAGUGAAGGGGAUAUUUACCGAGAAUAUACAGACCAGUGGUGCCUACAGUGCUAGAGAAGAGAGCUUGAAGAGAGAGGAGGAUGCAGGAAGACUCAAGUUUGUAUGCUUUGCAAAUGAUGGGGUUGAUGAGCAUAUGAUAUGGUUGAUAGGAUUGAAGAAUAUCUUUGCUAGACAACUACCUAAUAUGCCCAAGGAAUACAUUGUUCGUCUUGUUAUGGACAGAAGCCACAAAUCCGUGAUGGUAAUCAGGCAUAAUCAGGUUGUUGGUGGCAUAACAUACCGUCCAUAUGUCAGUCAAAAAUUUGGAGAGAUUGCUUUUUGUGCCAUCACAGCUGAUGAGCAAGUUAAAGGCUAUGGCACAAGACUGAUGAAUCAUUUAAAACAGCAUGCUCGUGAUCAUGAUGGGCUCACUCAUUUUCUAACUUAUGCAGAUAACAAUGCUGUUGGUUACUUCAUAAAGCAGGGUUUUUCGAAGGAGAUUGAAUUGGAGAAAGAUAGAUGGCAAGGGUACAUCAAAGAUUAUGAUGGGGGAAUCCUUAUGGAAUGCAAAAUCGAUCCAAAGCUCCCAUACAUUGAUUUAUCCACUAUGAUUCGCAGGCAGAGGCAGGCAAUUGAUGAGAAAAUAAGAGAACUCUCUAAUUGUCACAUUGUCUACCCAGGAAUUGACUUUCAAAAGAAAGAAGCUGGUAUUCCUAGAAAAAGCAUCAAAGUUGAGGAUAUUCCUGGGUUGAGAGAAGCAGGAUGGACUCCUGAUCAAUGGGGUCAUUCAAGACUUAGAACAGCAAACGCUUCUACAGACAGUGUCUCCUAUCGUCAGCCAUUGAAUACCUUCAUGCGCUCACUUUUAAAGACGAUGAGUGAGCAUCCUGAUUCUUGGCCAUUCAAGGAGCCGGUUGAUGCUCGUGAUGUGCCCGAUUAUUAUGACAUCAUCAAAGACCCCAUGGAUUUAAGGACAAUGUCAAAGAGGUUGGAAUCGGAGAUGUACUAUGUUACAUUUGAGAUGUUUGUUGCGGAUGUCAAGAGAAUGUUUCUAAAUGCACGCACCUACAACUCUCCAGACACCAUCUAUUAUAAAUGUUCAACCAGGCUUGAAAAUUUCUUCUCGAACAAAGUCCAUUCGCACCUCCAAGCUGCUAAUAAAGUUCAGCAGUAAUGUAUGUACGAAUCUAUCCUAACCAUGUUCUUAGGAGCAGCUCACCCUCAGCAGAUUUGUAUUUUGUAACUUGUAAUUUCAAUUACAAAUAAUUUAUUCCGUGUAACAUGUGAUACGAAUUCUGUGCA